UUAAACUGCUGGUUGGUCAUAUUUGAUUUUGAUAUAAAGUUAAUAUUAGAAUAAUGGGGCGAAAAACGGCGGCAAGCACAGCAAAAGGUAAAGAAAAACGACAACAGAGAAAGGAAGAACAACAAAGAAUAAGUCAAGCAAUGACCGUAGUUGCUGAAGCAAAUAAGUUAGAUGAUCCUCUUGAACCCUUCCCAGUAUUCAAGAGAUUUUGUAAAAACGGUUUAGAUGCUACACUUUUCGUCAAAAAGUGUAUGAAACUUGAGGAAAAUAUUAGACAAUGGGCCUUCAAUUUAACCAAAAGAAAUAUGCAGUUGAAAUAUGAGCAAUGCUCUUGGGGUUGGAGUGAUGAAAAGAAAUUGGAAGAAUUGAUGGAUGAUGCAGCAUGGUAUUUAGUAGCAAAAUCAAAUGAGGGUGCUUUACUUGGUUUCUCUCAUUUUCGAUUUGAUGUUGAUGAAGGCACAGAAGUCCUAUAUUGUUAUGAGUUACAACUUGAUCCAUCUGUACAGAGAAAAGGACUGGGAAAAUUUAUGAUGCAGGUCUUAGAAUUGAUAGCUUUCAAGAAUAAUAUGAGAAAAGUUGUGUUGACUGUUCUUAAAAAUAAUCAGUAUUCCAGGUUUUUCAAAGCCAUCAACUAUGAAUUAGAUGAGUCUUCCCCAGUGGAUGAUGAGGAUGAAUCAUAUCCUUAUGAGAUAUUAAGUAAAUUUAACAAAAGGCUUGCUCCUCCUGUUACUGUGAAGAGCAAUUCAAAUGGUCAUUGCUGUUCAGGUCAUGGACAUCAUCACUGAAAGCCAUAAUAAUAUCUCCCAUAAUACAGUAUUCUCAGUGGUCUGGAAAAUCUUGAUUAGGUAUUUACUAUUUUUUUCCUACUAGUCUGGAAAAUUUUGUAUGCAAGGAUGUGAUAAAAAUACUCUCUUGUUCUCUCUCAUGUUCUCAUCUCAUGGAAAAAAUUGUAUAAUAUCUUGGAUUUCUGAGAAUCCUGCAAUUAUUUUUAAUUUGAACUGAACUUCAUGAUUUUUAUAUAUUUUUUAAUUAAUUAAGGUUUAUAAUAAAUAGUGGAUUUG